CGCGCAUGCGCAGUUCAAGGGAGGAUUUCGUUUUAAAUCCCGGAAAGAGAAGCGGGCCGCACGCAUUUGUUUUGACGUCGGCGGGGUUUGGUGUGACACGCACGGAACUUGCGUAACAACAACAACAGAGCACAACGGCUUCCUCCGAGCAAGUGUUGGGCUACGUUUAGCACACACGCGCACACACACACAAACAAAAACAACUAAAACACGGUGUUGGCUGACAGCGGAUGAACAUCAACGACUUUCAUCCGAGCAAACAAGAGAAAAAAAGAUAAUUGCAACUGGUGUGGUGGUCGCCCGCCAUGUGGUGCGGGAAAGGAUCCAUCUGUGCUGGCACCGCUGCCGUCUGCAUCGGCAUUACCUGGGUCAUCCUCUUCGCGCUCGAUGUCUUCCCCAAUCUAGCCCACAGCAUGGUGAAGGAGCAAGUGGUUCUGAAGCUGAACUCGACGGUUUACGAAAACUGGAAGAACCCCCCAGCAGACAUCUACUUGAGCUUCACCUUAUUUCACUUGGUGAAUCCCAAGGAGGUGCUCGCUGGGGAGAAGCCACUAGUGCAAGAGCGUGGGCCCUACACCUACCGGGAAAUGCGGAUCAGGCAAGAUAUUGUGUUCUACGAAAAUCACACAGUUUCAGCCACUUUGCCAAAGUCGUACGUGCUGGUUCCUGAGCAGUCUGUGGGAGACCCAAUGACAGACAAAAUCACCACCGUCAACAUUCCACUCAUGACUUUGGUGGAGAUGGUCAGGCACAGUUUCCUACCACAGAAGUGGCUGGACAUAAUCCUUACCGUGGUGGCCAUAAUGCACAAGGAGACGCUGUUUCAGUCUCGCACCGUCCACGAGCUGCUUUGGGGAUACGAGGACCCCAUCCUUGCCCAGAUCCACAAGUUUUUGGACAGUGUCAACCCAAACUUCGGGCUUUUCUACGGGAUGAAUGGCUCUGCUGAUGGCGUUUACCUCUUUCACACGGGACAGAAUAAGUCGACAGAUUUUGCAAAGAUCGCUCUGUGGAAAGGAGAAAGCUCGCUGAACUGGUGGACCACCGACUCGUGUAACAAGAUUAACGGCACGGACGGAUCCACUUUCCAUCCCCUGAUCAACAAAAAUGACAUCCUCUACCUCUUCUCCUCCGACCUCUGUAGGUCCAUUUACGUUUCCUUCGAAAAAGAGCUGUCCGUCAAGGCGCUGAGCACCUACAGGUUCACCACUCCGGCCAGCGUCUUCGCCAACUCUACCGCCAACCACGGCUUUUGCACGACGCCCUCCCACUGCCCCGGCUCGGGUGUCCUGAACAUCAGCGUCUGCAAGCAAGGGGCUCCCAUCUUCCUGUCGUCGCCGCAUUUUUACGAGGCGGAUCCCGCGUACGUGGAUGCCAUCGGAGGGAUGCAUCCUGACAAGGCCAAGCACGAGACCUUCCUCGACGUUGAGCCCGUUACAGGAUUCCCUCUGAGGGCAGAGAAGAAAGUCCAAAUAAAUGUCCAUGUGCAAAGGGCUCCCAACAUUCUGCAAACUGGUAAUGUGAGGACCCUUCUGUUCCCUGUUGUCUUCAUAAAUGAGAGCGCUCUGAUUAAGGACGACUCGGCAGCGCAGCUGAGAAGCCAGAUUCUGGAGGUGCACCUGCUGAGCAACCUGCAUUACGUCCUCCUGGCCCUUUCCAUCGUGCUCGCGCUCGUCGCCACCGGCCUGCUUUACCGCGCUUGGAGCAGGAAGGGCCAGAAUGUAUCCGAAUAUGAGCCGAUCCCAGAUUAAGGAGGUGUUAAGUCACCGUCCAUCGGUCGUCAAGAUUCAACCACUUUGCCUAACUACUGAAUUUAAACAAAGCAAUGUCAGUGAUAAUUAUGCAUUUUUUUCAUAGUUUGCAUGCAAAAAAAUAUUCACGAUUUUUUUUAUUAUAUCCGAUGCACGAUGGCAAGCAUGAUACUGAUUUGUGUGUAGUUUUGAGUGGGUUCUUUCCCUGCAUUCUACUGCAUGGGUUAUUAUUUACUGCAAAUUGGAGUGAUGGAUAAAGGCGUUGACCAAAACCUCUCAACCACAACCUUCAUCGCACACCUUGAAACUUGAUAGACUUAAAGAACGUUGCAUUGUUUUGCUUGACACUGGCAGUACAUUUUUAUUUACAAAGCAAGCUCACAGGUAAACAUUUUAAAGUGCAGCCGAGAAGUAUCUUGCACACUCCACUGCUAGCAGAAUUGCCUUCGCGAGAAGGAGCUCAAGAGAUGCCCUCUAAGAGGGUGUUUGGCCUCCACUUUCAUGCUGGCCAGACGUCUUGUAAGAGGUGCGAGUCGGUACCCACAUGUUACUCUGCAACACAUGUGACCUGCCGAUCAACUGACUAGGGUGUACUCUUUUUAUACUGCUGGGUGGGCAGAAGAGGAGGAUUUAAGACGCUUCAUCAGUUCAACUGCCAUGCCAAGAGAUAAAACUGGAAACCUUAACAUCACGGGAUAAUCCCUGUGUAUAAAAUGUAAUAUUUACGGGUACAAUCCCUUAUUAGUUGGUCUCGACUGUCUCUGUUAAGGCUGCUGCCUGCGAUGGAUAAUUAUUCAACCCAAUGGCCACCCGCACUGCAGGAAGACCGUGGCUACCUCGUUUAGCUCUGAACUUGUAGAAUUGGUUUAUUUGCCGGACCUCAUGUCCUACUGCUUGCUUUCCCAUUGUGCCGGUGGCUCCAAGACCCCGAUGAUCUUCGUGUGCAUUCAUUUUGUAAGCGGUUUAAUAUUUCAUGUCUGUGCAGUUGAACACGGUUUUUUUUUCACAUUCGAUCAUAUCAAAGUGCAAUACACAUUGUGUCAGUUUCGGGUCCACCUAUGUUUGUCGAGCACCUGGUUAAAUGACAGAUAAAGUAAGAGAUAGCAAAAACGAUACUCUUUGGUUCUUUCGAUAAAGUCACGUAGGCAUAAAAUAAAUUAUCUCUACCUACGUGACUUUACCGAGUGUGGAUCCCUGCAGUCACGAAAACUUCAAAUCUAAACAAAAGCGAUGUUUCAUUUGAGUGUCAUAUACCCAUAAUUCACAUCACUGCAAUCAUGGGUCCGUUCUCCUUUUAGGGCGCUUCGGCAAUGUUGGUCAGAUGGGUAUCAAGAAUCAGAGAAUUAUAAAAAAAAAAUUAAUCGCUUUAAGUCAUUAUCUUGCCACAUUGCACCAAUUUUACUGCUGGGGGUGUAUUGUAAGAAGAAAAAACGCGUCCAAAGAUUUAACAGCCUUCAUAACCCAUUCAUCGGGGUACUGGGUUGCAUCAAGGGAGUGAAGCCGAUUCCACGACGAAUGCACUUCAUUAGUUUAGCGCCACGUCAUUUACUGCAAACGUGGAGAAGAGUGUGGCCGGUGGUUAUUAAGAUGGACCGUGUGGGAGUGCUUGUGUAAAUAGCCGAUCUGAUUCUUGCACAUUUUAUCGUACGCGGCCCUUUCACUGACACGUGUAAGGUGACUUCUGCUCAGCCUCGCUAAUCUGGUGACCUCUCUGCAGCUCGGUGACUUCAUCGGGUGUUCAAUGUAACAAACAAACACAAAUUGUAUGCUGCGUAAAAGUAGCAUUCUAGUAGAACUCCUCUGGCCCACAGUCGUUAUUACCUGUGACUCGUGUUGAACAAAUUAUUAUUCUCUGCUUCUUGAAACCCAUUUGACAGGCAUACAAAUAUCCCCGAAACACCCCUAAAAGGAGGAUUGCCCUAUGACCUAUUGGACUUGGGCAGGUUCCCUGAUCUAUAAUCCGUGCUUCGAUUGUUCCCAUUUUUUUUACAUCUGCAUUGAGGAGUGGCUGUCUAUUUGUAGUUCUCUUCACAGCCUUAGCACUGCCCACGUAUUUUGUUUGGAAUACACGGGCCAGGGUGGAGGGGGGUGGGCGUAAUGUCAGCUCAACCCACGUACCCGCUUCAACGCUGUGGGAUGCAGGUUACGUCAUCCCCGCGCGCACUUGCCCGCCUGCGCGCCAGCCAGCCAACCAGCCAGCAAAACUUAAACAAAAAAUUUCGUAUGGUAAGUGUAUAGCCGCAGCAAGUUAGUUCCAUUAUCUGCGGAUUGCGGGCGUGGGGGGGGGGGGGGGGCUUGAGAGAAAAAUCACUGAUAUCACGGAUAUUCGGAUCAACAAUGCCGAGUCCCUCAACAUCACCGCCGGUGAGCGGUGCGCAAAUGAAGACGAUUCCGGUGUGUGAUUGAAGAUGCCCGCUCGUUUAGAGACGUGCGCUUGUCCACAGGGCUUUGAACACUGUCCCGUGUGGAACUUGAGGGCGCAAUCCCCCGGGGCAAUGCUCCACGAAUGCCCCGCACUCGUGUCUUCGUUCCCUUCUGAGAGUGCCCCGUUCAUCCGGUGAUGCGAGUGUAACGGCGGGUGAACACCCGCGCGGUCAUUUGCGCCACGCGGCUUCUUGCAAGCGCAUUUACUUUACACGUGGACGACUCUGCAGAAGCGGGUGUUGUAAGUUGCGCGAUUUUAUUGCGCAACCUAUUAUCGCUCUGGCGUUGACCCACCUUAAAUUCAAUAGCCACUGCUCGGCUUCAGCUUAAGCGUGUGUAAAGUCGGGUGUGAUGGCAUAUUCGUAAAAAAAAAAACGGAUCCAUCGAAUCGCGAUACACAUUGCGGGAUCGUUUUGUAUGUGAUCAAAAUUUCAGUUACUGCAACGUUGUAUACGCGACCACAUGCAGAUGCCAGAGUUGCCACAAUGCACUGCAUGCAAAAAUAUUUAAUUUCUACCCCCGAAAAGCGAGGAUUCGUUGAAUAGGAAGGCUCGGUAUAAAGUUCAAGUUGGUUUGGUUAUCUGGCAUAGCCUCGGUGUAGAAUGCAUCUGUGUUUUUCUUGUGGCAAGAGAUGUAUCUGCUUCCUCUGCAAAAUGGGAAUGCUUUCCUUGACCAUUUCCAGCAAAAAAAUGUAGACGAGGGGUCUUUAACAGUUAUUCACUGUGUAAGCAGGUGGAAUUUUCAGGCGUAUGAAAACAUUUCAUACUGAUGUUUUGUGGGUCUCUAUUCUACUCAAAAUCUUUAUUUUGUAAGCAUAAACUAUCUGUUGAUCUCGGUUGGUAUCAGUGUUACAAAAUCUUUAUUUUAGUUUUUAAAUAACAAAUUAGACACAUUCAGUUUCGACCAAAUUUUAGUAGUUGUAAGUUUUGUUUUAACUUUGUGUUGGAUUCGUUUGCACUGUCACUGGACAACCUUGCAAAGUAAGUGUUCCAUAUCAAGGAAUUAACAGUUCACAUUUUAAUAAAUGAAACUGUUAAAGAACACUCUAAUUAUGAGUCCCCAUACUGUCAAAUGCAGUCUCCCAACUCUUAUGGCCAAAUCGUUCCGCGUUAGAUCUUUGCCUUUUAAUGCCACAGUGUUAUUGUCGAAUGUGUAAAUGUUAUGUUAAUUGUCUUUUUGUAACACUGUCAAUGCAGUAUCACCGCAUUGUGUAAUCAUAAGGGUAUUUUCUUAAGCCACAAAGCACGAGGCCAACAUUUUUUUAAAUGUGGCGGUUUACACAUCUUGCACAUAUUCUAGGUGUAGCUAACCUCUUCACUUGACCAACUUCUGCGUGUAUAGUUUUAAUAAGCUAAUGUUUUCAUGUUGCAUGUUUUUUCCUCAUGAAUGCACGGUGUUGUGGAAUCUAAUAGAAAAUAAAAAAAGUUGCCCUUUUUGCAGAAAAUUAGCACGCACAAAAUGUGAGUUUUCCUUUCGUAAUAAUUGACAGACGUUUGUCAAUCCGCUGCUGGAUGAAGACCUUCCCAUGCCGUGUCGAUUAUGGGGGGGGGGGUUAUUAGACCAUACUUCACUACCCUGAGCAGUGCUGGAUGAGGGGAUAGGGGUUAGGAGGCCCUAACCAUUCCAGAUAUAACUCGCCACUGAAUUAAGCCGUGACUGUGAAUCAAAGUUAGGUCACUGGGUUAUUAGCACAUUGCGCUACCCACUGCGCCAACACUCCAACACUCCAACUCAAGGUAUUUCCACUUGGAGAAAUUAUUAAUGUGAUCGGUCCUUUUAAACUUUUAGUGAACGUUUAACGUAAUUUCACAUUAAUGCAAUGGUGUGCAGUUUGAUGGGAUGGUUAAUGAACCGUAAAUCGUUAAUGCAGUUUAAAUAAACAACUUUUGGUAUGUUUAUACAUGUUUUUUAGAUUGAUGUAAAUUCAACCACUAUGCUGAAUGUAAAAUUAUCGAGAUUUUUUUUAUAAUGGCCUAUGUGCUAAGUGAUACUGCUCUCUGAAAUAAUCUUAAUGCAUCUUAUGCCACUCCAUCAGACCUAUGCCGAGCUGCUAACUGCAAUAAACUCUGUAAUAGUUCGCAUGCGUCAGAAUUAUAACUCUUGCCAGUUUUAAAUGUAUUCUUAAUUGCUAAAGAACAUGUUUAAUUGAACGAAUUUCGUUUUUCUGCUGUUGUGAUUUUAAAGGGGUACUACUUUUACCCAGUCUGAACUCAAGCUUAAGUUGAACAUGGUGUCAAGUCGAGCCGAUUUGAACUUACUUUUUCUUAUGGGUUUAGUAUUUAGUAAAAGGUACUCAGUUAUUUCCAAUGCUGAAACGGUAAUGGUUUGUGUUGUGUCCUCGAUUUUAAUAAACUUGCCAAACUUGAAAAUUA